AUGUCUACUACAACAACAGUCAGCGUAACAACGACAGAUACAGUUCGUCUCCCUAAGCCUGCAGAGCUCAAGAUAUUGAAGCCAUUGCCGGUCUUCGAUGUGUCAACGGCCACCGACGAGCGGACCAAAACCCUAGGCCAGCUGCUUCAGAAGGGUCAUGUGACCGUCGCUCCGCUCCGAGAGCCUGAACUGAUUCUACACAGCCAUCUACCACAUCUCCUCGGUUCCGCCUACGGGGUUGGUGCAGGAAUCGAGCAGUUGAUAGAGUGUUACGAGCACGAGAUCACCACACUCGUAAACAUUGACGAACGCUUCGUUCGCGGCGAUAAAAUCGACCAGGCUAAUUGGAGAGAACAUCUGACAGAGAAACCGUUCACGGUUGCCUUUGUCGAUUUCUUCGAUGAGGAGAUUAAGCAGGCUGGUGGAGAUUGGAAGAAAGUGGUCGAGCAGUACCUCUACUCCGGACCUGCGCCGCUCAUCAACGGCUAUUCAGGUGGCCUGGGCCAUCCGUUCAUUCACCUCGCCUACGCCUACGAGUACGGGAGCAAGGAAGUGGCCUCGCAAGCUUUGAGUCUCGGCUGCACGGAGUACGAUGCCUUUCACGGCCUGAUUGAUCACGACUCUCCAGAUAAUUCGACUUACAAGACCACUUCGCUUGCGGAAAUCAUGCAGCGCGUUCACGAGGACAAGCGGCUUGACGGCAUUUUUGAGCUCCCCGGCAUCACCAACACCGAGCUUCUGGCGCAAAAGUACCUCCAUGUUGUCCUAGAACACUGGAAUGCCUGGAAGGUUGUCGAUCCGCUCCAACAGCUCGAGCAAAUCUGCGAUCUAAGCGUAUUAUUAGCCAUCAGCACUGGUGACCCGAUCCCGUCGUUUGACUUCUUCUGCAUUCACCUGAUGACAGUUGCACACGCCAUCAGGCUGCUAUGGACAUAUAUCCCGCAGGAACGACAUGCUGCCAUCCUUAAACAGUACGCUCUCUUCCAGAUCGUUCAGUACAUCAACCAGCUGCGACCUGCAUUCACCAUGGACAAGAUCGAGACUGUCGACCUCAAGGGCCGAGACUGGGCUUGGGCAUAUGACACGGCGUUGAAGCACAAAUGGGCGCUGGACUCGCACUUUUUCAAAGUCGUCCGUGCACCCAAAGUGUUGGAAGACACGUAUGGUUCCAAAGACAACUUCUAUCUGAAGGCGGCUCUCAAGUUUCUCGACGAGUUCCGCGGCUGGGAAGGCUUUGGAGCCGGUGUUGCGGGAUUUGACCCGAGUAAAGAUGGCUAUAUUCCUGAGUAA